AUGGAGUUCCACGGUCUUCCAAGAAAGGAGCUUCAAGCUCUUUGCAAGAGGAACAAGAUUCCAGCUAAUAUGACCAACGUUGCCAUGGCCGACGCUCUCGCAGCUCUUCCUCAGGUUGAGGGAUUGGGCGAAAUUGUGAAUCCAAUGAAAGGUGGUGAUAUUGCUACCCCGGCUGUUCAACCUAGAACAGCUGGUAAGACUACAACUCAAAGGAAGCCGGUGAAAGAAUCAGAAAGCUCUAAGAUCUCUACACGGCCUAACCGUGGGGCGCGAUCUGGAGUAGUUGAAGGAGAGGCUGAGCAAGAGAACAAAAAUGCAAAUGUCUCUGAUACUCCUGCUGUUGUGCCGUGUAGCAGGAGAAAGGCUCCUGCAGUUUCUACUCGCAGAAAGAAGGAAGUGAUCAUUUUAGAUGACGAAGAAGAAGAGAAUGAGGUCGAUGAAAAGCCAAAGGAUGUAGCGGCUAAAACUCCUGCUGUAGUGCCUAAAAGUAGGACAAGAGCAGCGGGCCGAUCAGUUCGCGACAAGAAAGAGGUCUCUGAUGGAACUUCAUUGCAGAACGCGUAUAGCACAAGGAGGUCCGUGAGAGUGUUGGGCAAGAGCUUGUCAAAGGUUAGCUUGGUGGAGACUGAGGACAAGGAGCAGACCAAGAGCGAGGAUGUUUCUGAAGAUGGGACUAGUUUGCAGACAGAAUCAAAUGCGGUUUCUCAGAACAAUGAUGAAGUGGAAGCUUCUUCUGUAAACAAAGCUGGUUCAGAAGCAAAAUCAGCUGAUGCAGCGGAUGUGUUGCAGGCUGAACCAGAAGUGGAGGGCUCAGAGAAUGUCAAUCAUGUGGAAGAUGCAAAUGAGGACCCAAGUUUAAAUCUGCAAAACAGUUUUGAGAAUUGUGUAGAUUCAAAUGAAGCAGAAUCUGAGCUGCCUGAACCCGAGGAAUCUGGUGAUACUGAUGAAAUUGAAAAUAAGGAAAGCUGUGGAGAGGAACAAGACCAAGCUAUGGAGUUUGCUUCCCCUGAAGAGACUCCUCUGGAAGUUACUGACCAAACUAUUGGUGAUACUGCUGAAAUUGAAAAUAAGGAAAGCUUUGGAGCCAAGCAAGAUCAAGCUAUGUGGUUUGCUUCCCCAGAAGAGACUCCUCUGGAAGUUGCUGACCCUAUUGGUGAUACUGCUAAAAUUGAAAAUAAGGAAAGCUUUGGAGAGGAACAAGAUCAAGCUGUUCCUGAAGAUUUUGCUGCCCCUGAAGAGACUCCUCUGGAAGUUACUGACCAAGCUGUUGGUGAUACUGCUGAGAUUGAAAAUAAGGAAAGCUUUGGAGCCGAGCAAGAUCAAGCUAUGGAGUUUGCUUCCCCAGAAGAGACUCCUCUGGAAGUUGCUGGCCCUAUUGGUGAUACUGCUGAAAUUGAAAAUAAGGAAAAUUUUGGAUUCGAACAAGAUCAAACUAUGAAGUUUGCUUCUCCAGAAGAGACUCCUCUGGAACUUGCUGACCAAGCUAUUGGUGCUUCAACCGAUUUGGUGUCUGGUGAUAUUUCUAUGGAAGUUGCUAACCAAGAAGAUGUUGCUGACUUGUCUGUUGAAGCAUCUGAAGAAGCUUUCAAGGGGACUGCUGAAGAAGCUAUUGUUGGCUUGUCCGUUGAGGCAUCUGAUGAGGCAUCUAAGGAGAUUUCUCACCAAGCUAUUGCCUCUUCAACAGAUGUGGUGUCUGAUGAGGCUCCUCUUGAAGUUUUUCACCAAGAAGAUGUUGCUGACUUGUCUGUUGAAGCAUCUGAAGAAGCUUUCAAGGGGACUGCUGAACAAGCUAUUGUUGGCUUGUCCGUUGAGGCACCUGAUGAGGCAUCUAAGGAGAUUUCUCACAUUGCCCCUUCAACCGAUGUGGUGUCUGAUGAUGCUUCUAAGGAAGUUGCUGAGCAAGAAGAUGCCACUGGCGUGUCUGCUGAGGUAUCUGAAGAGGCUUUUAAGGAGACGGAGGAACUAGCUAUUAUUGGCUUGUCCGUUGAGUCAUAUGAAGAAGAUUCUAAAGAGAUUUCCCCUGUCGACGUUGUGGUACCUGAUGAUGCCAAUGUCGAUAAUCUUGACGGUAUUGCUGACAUGGUAUUUGAAGAGGUAGAGAAUAUAGAGGGUGCAGUUUCUGCUAUUCUAGCCGUAAAAAAUGAAACUUCUGGUAGAGCUGAAAAUGAGGGCGUAAAAGAAAGCGAUGUUGAAAAGGUAAUUCUUAAACUUUCAAAGAUGGAUCUUACUAUAAAGAAAGAGGCUGACCAGAAUAAUGCAUUCCAGAAGCUGGAAGUAGAAGCACAAGCUGAACAACUUGCCACAGAAGAAACCGCUGAGCUUGACAGUACAAUUUCUGAUAUUCUAGCAGAAAAAGCUGAAAACGAGGGCGAAAAAGAAAGCAACGAUGUUGAAAAGGUAACUCUUAAACUUUCAAUGAUGGAUGUUUCUUCUGUAAAGAAAGAGGCUGACCAGAAUAAUACAUCCCAGAAACUGGAAGCGGUGGUUCAAAACAAUGAUCAGAAAACUAGUAUUGCGGCUGAAUCAGUGGCUUUUGAGCAGAUAAAGGAAGAACCCAUUUGCUCACCUCAGUUAGAAACUAAGGAAAAGUUGAAAACCAUUGAUGUUCAGGAUAUGAGUAUGAGGAGGCUCAAAAAGUUGCUGAAAUCAGGAACCAAGGAAAUUUCAAAUGAGAUGCAAGCAGUUACUAGUGUGGAGAGUAGUGACAUGAACAAACAGUUACUGAAUUCAGGAACCAAAGAAAUUUCUAAUGAAAUUCAAGCAAUUACUGGUGUUGAGAGUGAGAUGAACAAUCCUAAUAAGAAGAAGGAAAACUUGAAAACCAUAGAUGUUCAAAAUAUGAGUAUGAGAGGUCUAAAAAAAUUGCUGAAGGAGAAGUUAGAUGGAAAACUAGCCAUGACUGAUAAUGAAGAUGUCCAAAUGCAGGGAGAGGAGAAGAAGAGAACAGCACUGCAAGCACUGCCGCAAAAUCAAAAUCAGUUGGCUGAGCAAAAGGCCUUGUAA